GGUUGCUCUUAGUCAAGUGCCUUUAUGAUCAAGUUAAACGUACGGUCUAUAAACUAGUUAGACUGCAUAGCGAUGCAAGUAUUGCACUAUCGAAUGGCGACCUACAAUUACCAUCAGUUAGAUCGCUGUCUAGUUUACCUUGAUCUCGAAAACAUCUACAACUUAGGAAUUUUUAGUGAAACUAUUGGUGUGAAUGAAACAAGUGCAGUUCGUAAUAAAUAAUGGAGAGAUCCCAGAACGCGGACGCCAGCAAGGUUACGUUCGAGGAAGCACUCGACAGAACCGGUUUUGGUCUGUACAGCUACCUCGUAGUAAGUCUAGCGGGGAUGAUAGUGAUUGCGCUGGUGUGUACUGCGUUUGGCACUAACAUCAUCGUCCCCACGAGCGCCUGCGAACUGGGCACCACCACCACGCAGCGAGGGAUGUUGGCCGGGGCACCGGUCAUAGGAUUGAUCCUCGGGGGACCGCUAUGGGGCUACCUGGCCGACGUCUGGGGGCGAAGGUACACGCUCAUAAUAUCCCUGCUCGCGGCCGCCGCCGUCAACGCGCUAGCUAGUCUAUCCGUCAACUGGCUGAUGCUCAUGAUCCUACAGUUCUUCGCUACCUUCCUGAGCGCAGGACAGUUCCCUCAAGCUAUGACGAUCGUCGGCGAGAGUGUCCCCAUGGCUAAGAGGAACAUAUCUAUCCUGCUGGUUGGGAGCAUAUUUCUUCUGUCCCAAGGACUUAUGGCAGUUUUGGCGAUACCUAUAAUCCCCCUCACGUUCUCUUACUACCUGCCCAGUCUUGGCAUCUACUGGAACUCGUGGAGAACACUCAUGCUGGUGUACUGUACGCCUAGCCUGGUCUGCGCCUUGUGGCUAUACUUCAUGAGCGAGAGCCCCAAGUUCCUGUUUGCCAAGGGCCGAGAGGCAGAGGCGAUGGAAACGCUGAGGAAAAUCCAUAAACUGAAUAAUUUAGGAUCAAAUACACAACUUCAAAUAAGCGGUGGAAUUCUAUUGGAAUCUAUUGAACGUGACGAAUCCAAAUUGGGGAAAAAGAGCAAGCAAGUUGCGCCAUUGUUUAAGACACCCUUACUGAAAUCUACGAUUAUCAUGGCCAUUCUGUUUUUAUUUCAACAAAUUCCAGCGUUUAUGAUCUGGUUACCAACUAUUUCCUCCCAAUUCGUGGAAAUACUGGAGACAGGCGAAGGUUCAAACCUCACAUUAUGUGCCAUCAUUAGGAAAAGCUUGGACUCCCCUCCUGAUCCUGAUGAUACGUGCGCGUUAAAUGUGACGUCACUCCUGAUCGUGCUGGUGGUGGGUGCCGUACUAUCCGUGGCGAACGUGCUUAUAAGCUUGAUUGUAAAUUACACCGGCCGACGCAACUUGGCGAUGUUCAUGACCGCCCUCUGCGGUGUUUGUGGCAUCGUCGCCAACCUGAUCCCCAACGCCAUCGCCAGCGGACUGGUGUUCUUCAUCUUCCUCCUCGGUGUCGUCAACAUAGGCCUGUACACCGCCAUCGCUGUUGCCCUGUUUCCCACUGCUCUAAGAACUCUAGCAGUGGCGUUGAUCUUGACCGGGCAUCGGAUUGGUGCCUUCGCCUCAGUGCAAAUCAUCAACCAGCUGUUCGAAAGUAACUGUGAAGCGGCAUUCUAUGUGUAUGCGUCCAUAUUUGCAUUGUCCACCGUAGUAGCCGCAUUUUUGGUCGACGAUCGGAAACUGCAAACAGAACGCGAUGAUGCUACAAAGCUGUAGUAGAAAAGCUAAAAGCCAAUAAAUCUUUAUUGAGUGUGUUAUAUAGACUUAUUGGGUUUUAGCACUAAGUAUAGGUACCUACCUUCGUUUUAUAAGAUAGGUACUUACUAUUAUUAUGUCCAAGUGGUCCAAAUAACGAUUAAGAGUUAUUAUUGUAAAUAUACGUUUUUUUUUGUAAUAAGU